UUUUAGGGUUUCGCAUUGCGUCGCGUGCGUGAGCUACACGGCCUCGUGGGGUCGUCGUCGUCGUUGUCGUCUUCGAAUUAGGGCAACAGUGGAGGAGAGGAGGGGAGAGGAGAGGCGAAGGGGGAGGUCAAGAGGAAGAGUUCGAUUGGUCAGAUCGAUUCUAGGGUUUCGAUAAUUUUUUGAGUUAUUCGGGUGGGGAAGCGGCUUCGUCCCGGAUCCGGCCACCAGAUUUCUUGGUUUUCAUUGAUGGCACCAACCGUCCUUGUAGAGUACACAAAAGAAAAACAGUUAAAGAGAACUCCUGAGGAAAUCUCCAUGACUAUGACGGGGAAGCCCCGUAAAAUCUCAAAGGGAUGCUAUUCCGCCCCGCAAAAUGUGGAGACAAUGGGCGAGUCUGACGGAUUUUGCAGCCCCUGUCAUGUUGAUUCCGAGGAUUCUUCUGCGCCCAAAAGGAGGUGCAUAAGCUUAAAUGCAGACCAAUGUGAUGAUUUCACUGCCCCCAAGCAAGUCAUUUCCAUCUCCAAGAUGUCUUCUUCAGAGAGAAAGGCACUGGAAGUGAGAUUGCGGUCUGAGCUCGACCAACUGCAAGCAUUUCAGAGGAAAGUACUAUCCAUGAGCACAGCUGCCGUCAAUGUUGUUGCGACCAAUGGGCAAGUUAAAAAGCAGGGUAGGACUGAGUUGCAAGUGAAUUGUGGGUCUAAAGGAAGGUUUCAGCCAGCUAAAUGCGUGCCACCUCCUGUUCCUGCUAGAUCGAAUGCAAUGCUUAUGAAACAGUGUGAAACAUUGCUUAAUCGUUUGAUGGUACACAAGCAUGGCUGGGUAUUUAAUGUUCCUGUUGACCCAGUGAAGUGGAAUAUUCCGGAUUAUUUUGAUGUUAUUAAGCAUCCGAUGGACCUUGGAACCAUCAAAACGCGGAUUGCUUCUGGGGCCUACACCAGCCCCUGGGGCUUUGCUGCAGAUGUUCGGCUUACUUUCACCAAUGCAAUGACUUAUAAUUCUCCUGAUAAUUCUGUUCAUAUCAUGGCGGAUACCAUGAGCAAGUUCUUUGAAACAAGAUGGAAGGCCAUUGAGAAGAAGUUGCCUGAAGUUGAUGAAUGUUUUAAGCACGAGACGAAGGUACCACUACCUGAGUCACAGUUGAAGAAGAGGAACAUUGCUCCUCUGGACCAUAAUGCUGUGACGACUGAUAGGGUGAAGCAGAGGAUGACCAUGGAGGACAGAGAAAGAUUGGGUACGCUUUUGGUGUCUUGGAUGGGGGAACUGCCCGCCCAUAUUGUUGAUUUCCUGAGGCAGCACUGUAGCAAUGUAAACAGUGAGGAUGAAAUAGAGGUUGAUAUCCACACUCUUGGCGAGGAUACAUUGUCCGAUUUGCAGAAGCUCUUGGAUGAUUUUUUGCUAGAAAGAAAGAAGAGCCAGCAAGUGACAGCGGAGCAAUGUGAUAUGGAGGUUCUGAAUGUAUCCGGCGUUAGUAAUCCAUCUAUGCGUCCUUGCAGAGAUACAAGCGACGAGCCAAUCGAGGAGGAUGUUGAUAUAUGUGGACAUGAUGCUCCUGUUUCAAGCUACCCUCCCGUUUUGGUCGAAAACGAUGCGCAACUUAGCGGUAGCAAAGAGAGUAGCUCAAGCAGUUCCAGUAGUGACUCUGACUCUUCCUCUAGUGAUUCAGAUUCUAGUACUUCUUAUGGAAGUGGCUCACAUGAGGUGGUCGGUAGCCCUGGAAAAGCAUCGAAGGAAAAUGGAAGACCUGAUUUAACUUUGGACCAAGAAAAGAGUGAUGUUAUAAGUUCUCUUGAUGUAAACCGGCCUAACAGUUGCUCACAUAUUCCAGAACAGGAUGCUUCAUCUAAACCUGCGGCUGUUGGGGCCGAUGUGAAUGCAGAGGGCGAGAAUGCUAAAAGUGAGAGGCAGGUCUCUCCCGAUAAGCUUUACCGAGCAGCACUACUGAGAAGCCGUUUUGCAGAUACAAUCAUCAGAGCCCGUGAGAAAACCCUUAAUCAAAGUGAAAAAGGGGAUCCUGAAAAGCUGCAGCGUGAGCGAGAGGAGCUUGAAAGGCAGAAAAGAGAAGAGAAAGCGAGGCUACUAGCUGAAGCCAAGGCCGCUGAGGAUGCGCGCAGGCAAGCCGAAGCACAAGCCGCGGCUGAAGCUAAGCGCCAAAGAGAGCUUGAGAGAGAAGCAGCGCGGCAGGCCUUACUUAAGAUGGAAAAAUCUGUGGAGAUUGACGAUUCUCAUAUUCUCAAGGAUCUUGAAAUGCUUAGCACGGCUCCAGCUGAUCAUAUGCUGAGCUCUGCCGACGAGACGAGCCCGGACCACUCUCCUGACGGCAUGGGGGGUCUUAAGCUCGGCGGAAGCAAUCCUCUAGAGCAACUCGGGCUUUAUAUGAAAGUUGAUGAAGAAGAAGAGGAAGAAGAAGAAGGCGAGCCAAGAAGAUUGCCCACAAAUGAUGAGGAGGAAGGAGAGAUCAAUUGAUUAUCUGAAGCCAAACAUUUCAAUUAUGUGGUAAUUCUGAGGCUUAAAAUGCUUGUGGCAAUAUGUAUAGGGGGUAUACCUGUUGGGCCAGGCACCGUCGGCACAAUUUGUCGGCAAGGUUUGCGAAUGGUCCUCCUUUUUCUCUUUGGUUAUGACUAUUGUGUGGGUAUCCCUUGAUUUUGAAAGGAUCGCUUCUUGCGCUUUAUGGUGAUGGUGAAAUGCAACUUAGAACAGUUGUAGGUUUGAGAUAUCUGUUUAUAGUUAGGAGAACGUGCCUCCGAGUUGUGAAAACACAGCUUAUCACAUGGAGAGCGCCGCAGCAGUUUUGUUUCAUUUUUUGGCCGCUUAUAGUUUCAUGACCUCUAGGGGCUCUCAUUGGGCUUGUCACUUAUUUGUUCUCUAUACGGAAGUUGUGUUAUAAAGUUUUGUGUCCGAUUAGGGGAAUCCAAGUGAAAGCUGUGUGGUUUGGUGGGCUCUUUUUCGUGUUGUGUUGAUUUUAAGGCGAAAUAUUUUAUACAUCUAAUUUACGAUGAGACGUCUGAAAGCUGUCUAAAGCGUUUUGCGACUGUUGUUCGGAUUGCCGUGGCCUGAUGUUACUCUUCAUUUUGUUCUUUUCUUCUGGUGGGUUUUGUUGUGUAUCGGAGAUAAAAAGUCUUGUAUCAGAAAUUUGUCGUUGUAAGAUGUUUGGACGAUUCCUUCCGAGCACGAGAUGUGCUUGAUUUUGCAAUGCCGAAACGCCCAGGAGCUGUUUGUGAUCUUCAACUAUUUUCAGAACGUUAAGAUGCAAAUGGAAUAAAUGUGUAUGAUUCUCGUG